CGGAAACGAAGAGCGGCAGCAGCGCAGCCACCGCAAAUCCCGGCGGGAUUAAUUCUCCCUUUUACCUACCCAACCCAACCCAUCUUCUUCUUCCUCCUCUCCUCCUCCGCCUCCACCUCGACUAGGCGCCACUUCACCCAUCCCCCUCCCUCUCACCUCCUCCACCUCCAUAUCCAUCCACCUCUUCUCACUCACUCACUCUCUCUCUCUCGCCAGGAGCGGCAGGCUACAGGCCACUCCAACUUACGAGCUCUCGCGGUCUCGCCCCAACUACCUGGCCAUUGGCUCCACUUCGCCGCCAUUGGUAGCUCGGUUUCGUGGCUGGGAUGAAGGGGCUUAGUGGGCCGAAGCUGCUGGUGGUGCACCCGUCGUCGAACAAGACGGUUGGUGGCGCCGGGUCGGCGGCGAUGGCGGUUCUUGGCUCCCGGCGCCGGAUGUGGGCGGUGCUGUUCUUGGCCGGGUUCGCCUGCGUGUCUCUCGGCACGAUGCUGUGCGCCGCGCGGGACCACCCGGCGCCGCCUGUGGCCGGGAGGAGGAUGGCGGUGUCGGUGUCGGCGGAGGUGGGCGGCGGCGGUGAGGGAGGGGGAGGGGGAGGAAGGGGCGGGCUGCCGGGGUACGUGUUCGACGCGCUGGUGCAGUACGCGGCGGCGGCGGGGAACUCGACGGCGAGCAUGCCGGGGCCCGACGUGCGCGCCAUCGCGGCGGUGCUGAAGCGGCGGGCGCCGUGCAACCUGCUGGUGUUCGGGCUGGGCGGGGAGACGCCGCUGUGGCGGGCGCUCAACUACGGCGGGCGCACGGUGUUCCUCGACGAGAACCAGUACUACGUCUCUCACCUGGAGGGGCGGCACCCGGGGCUGGAGGCCUACGACGUCGUCUACACCACCACCGUCCGCGAGUUCCCCGACCUGCUCGACGCCGCCCGCGCCGCCCGCUCCGCCGAGUGCCGCCCCGUCCAGAACCUCCUCUACUCCGACUGCCGCCUCGCCAUCAACGACCUCCCCAACCACCUCUACGACGUCGCCUGGGACAUUAUCCUCGUCGACGGCCCGCGCGGGUACACGGCGUCGUCGCCGGGGAGGAUGUCGGCGAUAUUCACGGCGGGGGUGCUGGCGCGGACGAGGGCGGAGCACGGCGCGGAGACGGACGUGCUGGUGCACGACUACGAGCGGGAGGUGGAGAGGGCGUGCUCGAGGGAGUUCCUCUGCGAGGAGAACCGCGUGGAGGAGACCAGCACGCGCUCGCUCGCCCACUUCGUCGUCCCCGGCGGUGCCGCCGCCCGCCGGGAGGCCUUCUGCGCCGCCGCGGCCAACGCCGCCACCGCCACCACCCAGUAGAUUUUUUUUUUCUUUUUGUACUUAUUCUCUCUUUUUUUUUCCAUCUUUUGAUGGUUAAUGAUGAUGUCGGUGGCCAUGGCCCAACGCGAGUGAAACUCGAGAACAAGAGAAAAAAAGCUGAGCCUGUAAAAAGAAAUCGGUGAAGCACAUAAAAAUGUGUUCAUGGAGUUCAUCUUUGCAAACCUUGACUCUUUAAUCUUUUUUCCCCACGUUUCCUCGUACCAAAAACUAGAGCCACGAUUAAAAAAAAACUUUAACUCGAAGGGAAAAAAAGAGAGAGGAGAGCCACAGAAAUUUCACCUAGCCACAAAAAUUGUUCACAGGUGCAAUGGCAAAUUUGUAACUAGUGAAGCUGAGGCCCGCGGACUUUUCUCGACAGAUUUUAAGAUCAUCUGGAUUAUCUGAUUUUCAUUUUGUGAUAGGUUUUUAAAA